CGAACUAGAUACAUCUAGAAGUAGGCCUUCAUCAACAACAAAAAUGACUAAGCUUUGUCUCACUAAGAGAGGUUGGCUACAUGGAUCAAACACUUCCUCCCUGAUCCAUCUCAUGGCUGCUCUAACGCAAAAUCCUCUUUUAUGCAAGCUUUCAACUAGCUAUGUAAGCUAUGAAAUAAAGCUUAGCAUACACAGUGAUAUGUACAUUCGUGUUAAACGUAGUAAGACAACAUACUUCAUCAGGUGCAAGCCAACUGAUAAAAUUCUGGACAUAAAGCUUAAGUUGCAAGAACUUGUUGAUCAGCCUGCUAAUAACCAAAGGUUAAUCAUACCUGCUACAGGGGAAGUAUUAGAGGACUCGAGGACUCUGGCGGAUCAAAAGGUUGAAAAUGAUGCAGUUGUUGCACUGACCUUGAGAAAAGGUUGAAGGUGUUGGCAGUGGUUUGUGUCAACUUUGAAGGGAGGGUGGAAAAAGGCAGAGGUGGUGCUGGUGCGUCUGUGUUGCUGUCGCUACUAAACUGACAAAAGGAAGGGAAAUAUUGGCAUUUAAGUACAAUUGUGAUGUAUGUUCUGUUGUGUAUUGUUAUGUCCAUGCCUCUGUAUGUAUCUGUGUCCAUGUCUUAGCUCCUUCCACUCAACAACUAAGUGUUUGGCCACUAGUUUGUAUCAGUUAUAUUCCAUCCUACCAGGGACUACUUAGCUACAACUCUGCACCUAAGGAAACUAAAGGCUUGGUUUUUGAUAGCUAAGGAGCCAUGUACUCAUACAUUUUGCAGUUUGAAUACUAGUUAUCUUUACCUGUACGUAUAAUGCAUAUAAUUAUUAAACAUGUGAUUAAUAAUCAUUUAAGCUUCGCAAAUGAUGGGAACAAUACUAAAUCAAGACAAGAAUUAACUCAAAUUGACUUGAUUAAAUAAAGGAGUGCUUCAGGUGUUCUUUUGUUAGAAGUACAUAUUCUUAUCCUCACAAGAUCGCAACCUUGUUAUUGUGCCAAGGUUCACCCUCAGGAAAGUUACACUCAAUCUCAAGGGAAAAGUUGAGACUUGCAGUGUUGUAUAGAAUGAUUAAAGCUAGUUGUGUGGAACCACAUCCUUAAAAGCCAGUCAAGCAUCCCAUUCUACUAGUUGUGUGACUCCAGGCCCCAUAGUACCCAGGUGCUUAUCAUGAUGAUGCUACAUUGUAUGAGUAGAUAGCAUUAGGGUUUCAAAUUGCGGUUUUUAAUUGUAAUUAUGGCCACAAUAUUGCUUUUGCAAUGCUCACUGCAUUGCGUUUGUAGCAGCAAUUGCUGCCGUUACACUUAUGUUCUUCUUGCAAUCCUCGAUUGCUGUAAACUUUGACUGCAACUGCAACCGCAACCAGAAUUCAAAACCAUGGAUAGGAUUGAAGUGGGAAUCGAUAUAUUAUAUAUAAUGAUAUAUAGUUGCAGUUGCACCUGCCAAGGAAGAGAUGCUCGAAUUCCACUUACCCAACCUCAUUUAGUGGAGGAAAAAGUUGCUAUUGUUAGUGGUUAGUGAGAAGUCCCCUCUGCUGCUCUCUCAAUUGCAAAACCAAAGAACAUCCUAGCUCAUGAUCGUGCUAUGGGAAUUCUGUAGUUUUCGGUUAUAUACCAAUUCUAUUUUCUUUGGAUAACAUUUGAAAACCAACUAUUUUUCAUUUAUUUGAAAUUUGUAAUUUUCGUAUUAGAAUUUCUACCUCAUUGAUUGUUGCAUACUUUUUUUUCUGGUAUUAAUUUUAAAAAAUAACCUUAAUGGGGCAGGCUUUUUAUUUGGCAUUCCUCUUAUUGGACAAGGAUCUGACACUGAUGAUUCAUAUAUGUUUUAGGAUCCACUCAGCACAUCUGAUAUGAUACUACUUAGAGUAGUGAUAUAAGUCUUAAUAAAUAUGUAUUUGUCCUUAUAUCUUUGUGAAAGAUCUCUCUACAUGCAUUCAAGUGGUUCCUAUGUGUAGUUUAUAUCUUUCUCAUCUUCUCUGUCCCCUUUAGUUGUUUCCCAAUGCAAAUAGUCCUGGAAGUCAACAUCCAGACCACAUGACCUGUUAGGGAAAAUAAUUUUAUUGUUUGCAAUAUGUUGU